AUGGAGAGAACCAAUGUUAUUCCGGAAAGAAUGAUUGAAAUAGUUGUUAACGAUCGUCUCGGUAAAAAAGUUCGAGUAAAAUGCAAUCCAAAAGAUACAAUUGGACAAUUGAAGGUGUUAAUUUCAGCCCAAAUAGGUACUGACGCUUCCAAGAUUUCGUUACGGAAAUGGUAA